AUGGAGAAGUUCCAAUGUACGAUUAUGUUCGCUUAUUUACUUAUGUCAACAACAAUCUUCUCGUCUUUGCCAAUACAAUCUCACGCGACAAAACACUUCAAUGUGCUGAGCUUCGGAGCUAAACCUAACGGUAUUGUUGACUCAGCUGCAGCUUUUGCCAAGGCAUGGGAUGCAGCGUGUAGUUCGACGGAGGCUGCGGUUAUAUACGUAUCCAAAGGACGAUAUCUUGUUAGCCCUGUUCGUUUCAGCGGUGAAAGUUGCAAGAGCCUUGAUAUUGUUUUCAGGAUCGAUGGGACUCUUGUUGGUUCGGGGGACUAUAACUUUCUUGGGCGAGAAGAAACAUGGUUCAGCUUUGAAAGAGUCACUGGAGUUUCUGUUAUCGGUGGUUCUUUCGACGCUAAGGGACCUUCGUUGUGGGCUUGCAAGGCCUCCUCCAACAACAGCUGUCCCGCUGGUGCUACGGUAUGA